AUGCUCCCAGACCCCGUAUUUGCAAACACCGCCCUGGUCACGCCGGAAAAAGAGCUACAACGCCAGAUCAAAGCGUCCCUAGAUCAAGAUGAGUCCCUGGAGGAAAUCCUGCAAUUCUUACAGAACAAGUCCAAAGCACCCCCCUCCAUCAAACGCGCAUUCAAAGAUUACAAGAUGGAGGCUGGAUUACUAUUCUACCAAGGACGAAUCGUGGUCCCUGACCGUACCCUAGAAUUGGUGUCAAGGAAUUACUACUGGCCCAGUAUCCGUGCGGACACAUAUUGGCAUGUGGACUCUUGUGAAACAUGUCAACGGAUCAGAAAGCCUAAGUACGCCUCUAUCCCACCUCAGCCGCUCAAACUUCCUGUUAGACCCUGGCAACACAUAUCAUACGACAUGAUAGUAGACCUGCCUAAGGACGGAAGCAACAACUCCAUCUUAGUCAUAGUGGACAGCUUCACAAAGUAUGGGAUUUUUGUCAAAUGUUCCAAAAAGCUCAAAGCCCCCGAACUAGCAGAAUUAUUCCUGGAACACGUGUGGAAAUGGCACGGCAUGCCUGAAAAAACGGUCUCAGACAGGGGAAGGGUGUUCAACAAUAAGUUUCUGAAGGCACUAUACAAACGCCUAGGAAUUGACCCCCAUUUCUCCUCAGCGUACCACCCCCAGAGCAAUGGACAAACGGAGCAAGUCAACCCUUCCAUCAAACACUUCCUAAGGGCCUACUUGGGGGUUAACCAACGGGACUGGACUAAGUGGCUGCCAAUGGCGGAAUUUGCAUACAACAACGCCGUGCACAGUAGUACUGGAAAAACUCCUUUCAAGGCCUUAUACGGAUGGGAACCCACCUUAACCCCAUCCAACGUACCCACAGAUGUCCCAGAAGCAGAUGAACUUGCCCAAACAAUGGAAGCGCAAUGGAAGGAAGUAGAAUCGGCCCUCUGGCAAGCCAAGCAACGGAUGACAGCCGGAGAAAGCGGAAGCCCGACGGAAUUCAAAAUCGGAGAAGAAGCUUGGCUCAACGCCAAGAAUGUCAACCUCAAAACCUUAAGCCCCAAACUAACAGAACAACGUUUGGGCCUGUUCAAGGUUACUGAGAAAAUCUCCAACCGCGCUUACCGGCUUGAACUACCCCCAACAAUGCGCAUUCACAUGGGAACCUUGAGAAAACUUAAAAAACGCCGAAAAAAUUUUAGAAAAUUACGAAAAAGAGAUGAAAAAGAAGGCCCUUGGCGCUGCCAAGGCCCUUAA